CUUGUUUAGUCAACACAGAUUACUCAGCUCUCGUUUUUACGAAACGGCACGCUCAUGGUGCGGCAUUUCCAGCGCGAGACAGGCUCAAAAACCUCGCAAACACAGAAAAGAGCAAAUGGGCCAGGCGCUGGAGAGCACACCUUUCUCCACAGAAGCUGCAUUUGCACUUUUUAUCACCUAAUUAUUUACAGCUUUUCCACCUUUUUUUUCUCUCCGCUUUACUACUUGGACGAGGGGUUCCUCUAAUAUUAAUGGACAGUACGCAGCAAGCGCAGCCAGCGCAGCAAGCGCAGCAAGCACAGGGCCCGCUGGUUACUAUUCCCUUGCUAAAGUCGUGCGAGAGUUGCAGACAGCGAAAGAUAAAGUGCUCGGGCGAUAAGCCGACCUGCGCACACUGUGCCCGGCGGCACCAGCCAUGUAUUUAUCGGCGGUCAGCGCGAUACAAACGACGGCUCAAUCCAGGCGGCGCAGCAGCAAAGGACGACAAGUCAGCAAAGAAGCUGACUGAGGCACCGCAGAAUGCGUCGUCAGAUGUCCCGCAGCAGCAGCAGCAGCAGCAGCAACAGACAGAAGCGGCAGUGGCGACAGCCACUCUGGCGUCAACCAUGGAGCCGGCACCAAUAGCAACAGGCGAAGCAGCGACAGUGGACGAUAGCCUGCCGCUGUCAGCACUGUUUGGCACGUCGCUUAUUAAUGAGUCGGAUAUUCUGCCGCCGUCGAUUCUGCAGAGCAUGAACUUCUGGAUGAACGACUCGCUGCUGACAGCAUCACCCACGGUGGCCACAGCACCUGGAAACAACCCAGUGCAACAGCCGCCACUGCCGCCGCCGAUCUCGGCUCCACAAUACCCAAUUGCGAGCAAUAUAAAUACGCUUGGACCAGGCAAUAUGAACAACAGCCUAGCCAACCUAGUACCGAUGGAUGUGGCCCUGGGACUGCCGAAUCUGGCAACGCCAGUGAGCCCGCAGGCACCGGGCAUACAAAGCAAUGUAACGCCGUUUCUCCAGUGAUCUGCAGGCGUCGAAUCUGUUUGCGCUGUCGCCGGACUUUCUGCAGCAGCUGCACCAGGUGCCGGCGGCUGGCAAUAGUAGCGCAACGCCCUCGGAGCAAAAUAUUUCGGGUGGGGUGCAGUCGCCG